GCGCGUCACCUCAGCGGACAGCGAAGCGCGCGGCGGCGAUGGCGGCGAAGGGAGCCGACGGCGCGAACCUGUCGGUGGUGGUGCACAAAGCCGGCGACUUGCGCCUGGAAAACCGGCCAAUACCUGAACCAGGUCCCAACGAGGUGCUUUUGAAGAUGCAUUCUGUAGGGAUUUGUGGCUCUGAUGUCCAUUAUUGGACACAUGGGCGAAUUGGGGAUUUUGUUGUGAAGAACCCCAUGGUGCUGGGCCACGAGGCUUCAGGAACAGUUGUCAAAGUUGGGUCCGCAGUUACCAAAUUAAAGAAAGGUGACCGAGUGGCUAUUGAGCCUGGAGUUCCCCGAGAAAUAGAUGAAUUCUGCAAAACUGGCCGAUACAACCUGUCUCCAACUAUCUUCUUCUGUGCAACUCCUCCUGAUGAUGGGAACCUGUGCCGCUAUUACAAGCACGAUGCAAACUUUUGCUACAAACUUCCAGACAAUGUGACCUUUGAGGAAGGUGCCCUCAUCGAACCUCUUUCUGUGGGAAUCCAUGCCUGCCGAAGAGCCGGAGUGACUCUGGGAAGCAAGGUCUUCAUUUGUGGUGCUGGACCUAUUGGACUUGUGACUUUGCUUAUUGCUAAGGUGAUGGGGGCUGCACAAGUGGUGAUAACAGAUUUAUCAGCUCCCCGCCUUGAAAAGGCUAAGGAAAUUGGGGCUGAUUUCGCAGUCCAGGUAAAGAGUGAGAGCCCAGAGGAGGUGGCCCACCUGGUGAAACAAGCUCUUGGUUGCAUGCCUGACAUCACGGUGGAAUGCACCGGGGCCCAGGCCUGUAUCCAGACUGGAAUAUAUGCAACACGUUCUGGAGGGACUCUGGUUUUGGUGGGGCUGGGACCUGAGAUGGCCACGUUGCCCAUUGUAAAUGCCGCUGUGCGAGAGGUGGACAUCCGAGGGGUAUUUCGAUACUGCAAUACGUGGCCUAUGGCAAUUGCUAUGCUUGCAUCAAAAAAAGUGAACAUCCAACCGCUGGUGACACAUCGCUUUCCUUUGGAAAAAGCUAUGGAGGCUUUUGAGGCCACCAAGAAGGGGCUUGGGGUAAAAAUUAUGCUGAAGUGCGACCCCAGCGACCAGAAUCCUUGAA